AUGGAUAACGUAUACUCUGUCAGGCUGGUGGAUGGGACCAGUCUGUGCUCAGGCAGACUGGAGGUGAAGUCUAACCAGAGGUGGUCCUCAGUGUGUGAAGCUGACUUUGACCAGCAGGAUGCAGAGGUGGUCUGUAGGGAGCUUGGCUGUGGGGCUCCUUCAGUCCUCCAGGGGGCGCUCUAUGGAGAAGUGGAGGCUCCAAUGUGGACCAAAGAGUUCCAGUGUGGAGGCCAUGAUGUCUGGUGUCUUUUAUCUCUCUCUAUUUUAUCUUCUAUUAUCUCUCCAGACUCUGUCAGGCUGGUGGAUGGGACCAGUCUGUGCUCAGGCAGACUGGAGGUGAAGUCUAACCAGAGGUGGUCCUCAGUGUGUGAAGCUGACUUUGACCAGCAGGAUGCAGAGGUGGUCUGUAGGGAGCUUGGCUGUGGGGCUCCUUCAGUCCUCCAGGGGGCGCUCUAUGGAGAAGUGGAGGCUCCAAUGUGGACCAAAGAGUUCCAGUGUGGAGGCCAUGAGUCUGCUCUCCUGGACUGUAGAAGCUCAGGCUCAGAUAGAAACACCUGCUCACCUGGCAAAGCUGUUGGACUCACCUGCUCAGAGCCUGUCAGGUUGGUGGGAGGAGACAGUCGUUGUGCAGGAACACUGGAGGUCAAACGUGAGGGAGAAUGGAGACCAGUGACUGGCUAUUACUCUGACUGGACCCUGAAGACAGCAGGUGUUGUCUGCAGAGAUCUGGACUGUGGCUCUGCUGUUUCUGUAGGAGAGAGAGAGGAGUCCUACAGACCUGUGUGGUGGAUCAGGUCUGAAUGUGUUCACUCUGGAUCUGCUCUGAGGGAGUGUGCAACAUCAGAUUUCUCUUCCACCAUCCUGGAUCUCACCUGCUCAGACUCUGUCAGGCUGGUGGAUGGGACCAGUCUGUGCUCAGGCAGACUGGAGGUGAAGUCUAACCAGAGGUGGUCCUCAGUGUGUGAAGCUGACUUUGACCAGCAGGAUGCAGAGGUGGUCUGUAGGGAGCUUGGCUGUGGGGCUCCUUCAGUCCUCCAGGGGGCGCUCUAUGGAGAAGUGGAGGCUCCAAUGUGGACCAAAGAGUUCCAGUGUGGAGGCCAUGAGUCUGCUCUCCUGGACUGUAGAAGCUCAGGCUCAGAUAGAAACACCUGCUCACCUGGCAAAGCUGUUGGACUCAAAUGCUCAGAGCCUGUCAGGUUGGUGGGAGGACACAGUCGUUGUGCAGGAACACUGGAGGUCAAACAUGGAGAAUGGAGACCAGUGAAUGGCUAUGACUUGACCCUGAAGGAAGCAGCCAUCGCCUGCAGAGAUCUGGACUGUGGCUCUGCUGUUUCUGUAGGACAGAAAGAGGAUUCCAUACGCAGACCUGUGUGGUGGAUCAGGUCUGACUGUAUUGAGUCUGGAUCUGCUCUGAGGGAGUGUGUAAAGUCAGAUUUCUCUUUCUACACCUGGAAUUUUCCCUGCUCAGAGACGUGCUGCUUCAGCCAAUGGGUCCACACCAUUACCACACGAGUGUGCGCCUGCGGUGCACCAGAUGAAUGUAGUCUGCACACCAUCAGACAGUUAUCAUAG